AUGGAGGAUUUGACGAAACUAGCAGAGGAGGAGUUGGUAUUGAAGCUGAACGAAUUGUUGAAGGAGAGAAGGUAUCUAGUGGUUCUUGACGAUAUCUGGGAAACAGAGGUUUGGGAUAGCAUUCAAUCUGCAUUUCCAAGUGGAAAGAUGGGAAGUAAGGUGAUGCUCACCACUCGAAAUAAGGAAGUUGCUUUAUAUGCAGAUGCAAUGAGCGAACCCAUUGAGCCACGAUUUCUCACACAAGAUGAAAGCUUGGAACUGUUCCGCAAGAAAGCAUUCCCUGGAAUGGACCACAUGCCUUGUGAUUUGGAGAAGCUCGGUAGAGAGAUGAUGGUGAAAUGUGAUGGACUUCCACUAGCAGUGAUGGUGCUUGGAGGAUUAUUGUCCAUGAAAAGGAAGACCGCAGAGGAAUGGAGACGUGUGCUUGAAAACAUCGACUGGCACCUACUUGAUGCUCAAGAUCGUGUAGGAACACUAACCUCACUUGGAAGUCUUAAAGCCAUUCGCAUGCAUGGUGUUCUCAGAGACUUCUCUAUCUCCAAGGGCAAAGAGGAAAGCUUCCUUGAAAUUUAUAGUGGGCGGAAAAUUGAAUCGCCAACAUCACAAAAGGCCAAAUCUCGAAGGCUUGCAAUCCAUGGUGAACAUGAUCUGCAGGACUUCAAGUUACUCAGGGUUCUAGAUGGUGUUCCCAUGCCAUCUCGAGCACUAAGUGCUGUAGGAAACCUAAUUCAACUAAGGUAUCUAGGAGUAUUAAUGAGAACGGAUAUGGAGAAAAUCGAGCUUACUCGAUCAAUUGGAAAACUGAAGAAUCUAUAG